GGUGUUGACAAUUUUAAUGUUAGUUUGAAGGUUAUAUAAUGAUAACAGUCCUCUUGAAUUAUUCAGUCAGCUGACAAAAAACAAAAUGUUUGCACCGAUAGAGUACUUUGUAAAAUUCCAGUGGAAAAAAUGUAGUCACUGUGUGAAAUUAUUUUCAUCACAAGCAAAACGACAGCCAGAAGCAAUUGAAGGCCCUUUGAAUUUGUACUCUGAAAAAGUUUCGACAGGGGUAUUGACCAAAGACCCUCACCAGGCAAAAGUCGUACAGCAUCUGCAAAUUAUCUAUCAGGAAAUAAAUUCAUACAAAAGGCCUGUGCUUCAAAAUCGCACUAGUGGUUCAUUGUUUAGUUUUUUUAAAAGAAAUGAACCUAAAAAAAUUUAUGCUCCUAAGGGGCUGUAUAUAUAUGGCAGUGUUGGUGGUGGUAAAACGAUGCUAAUGGAUUUAUUUUAUGAUUCUAUACCAGUAAAAGAAAAGCUGAGAGUGCACUUCAAUUCAUUUAUGUUGAACAUUCAUGCCCGCAUUCAUGAACUUAAGAUAAAGUCUGGUAAGGGAGCCAGCUCAUUCAGAGAUGAAGGAUCCAAACCAUUUGAUCCAAUACCUCCUGUGGCUGCAGAUAUAACACAAGAAUCAUGGAUUAUAUGUUUUGAUGAGUUUCAAGUAACAGAUAUUGGUGAUGCCAUGAUAUUAAAGAGACUAUUCACUCAAUUAUUUGAUAAUGGAUGUUUGGUUGUUGCUACUAGUAACAGGAAACCUGAUGAUUUGUACAAAAAUGGAUUACAAAGGUCUAAUUUCCUGCCUUUCAUACCUGUGCUGAAAGCUCAUUGUAAUGUUGUUCAACUGGAUUCUGGUAUUGACUAUAGAUUAAGAGGUACUGGGAACAAAUAUAGUAAAUACUUUUUAAAUAGUGAGAUAACCCCAGAAAAUAAUGCAGUAGAAAAUUUAUUCAAGUUUCUUGUGUCCAAAGAGAAUGACACUGUUAGAAUGAGAGUUAUCAAUAUCAUGGGGAGAAAUGUCAAAUUUUCUAGAUCAUGUGGACGGGUGCUAGAUGCUACUUUUGAGGAAUUAUGUGAUAGACCUCUUGGUGCUAGUGAUUAUCUAGUAAUAUCAAAAACAUUUCACACGGUGUUCAUAAGAAAUCUGCAUCAACUAUCCAUAUACCAGCAUAGAUCUCAACUUCGCAGAUUUAUUACUCUUAUUGACACACUGUAUGACAACCGAGUGCGGGUAGUAAUAGCCGCUGAUUGUGAGCCAAAAGAUCUUUUUAAGGCUGAUGAAGCAGGUGAUAUGCCUGAUGCAGACAGAGCUCUUAUGGAUGAUUUAAAAAUAACGAAAGAUUCGGAGGAUGCAAAAGCUGCUAUUUUCACAGGCGAGGAAGAAUUGUUUGCUUGUGAUAGAAGUCUUUCAAGAAUAAUGGAAAUGCAAACAGAAGAAUAUUGGGAAAAAUGGGGAAAACAUCUAAACUGACCCAGCGUUAUACCUAGUUUUUAUAAAUAACAACAAUAUUUAAAUUAAACAACAUUUAGCGAUUUAUUAAUUACUACGGAGAUUCCGUAAUUUUGAUUGGUAAAUUAAAUUAUUUUUGUGUUUGCCAUUAUUACAAUAACAUUAGGGCCUAAUUAUUGAUACAAAUAAGUUGACAGUUCAACGUGCAGAAUUUGUCACACACCGAUAAAUCAAUAUAUUAUUUGAGUUAUUAUUUCUAGAUUUGUUUAUCUUUAUUCGAGGGCACAUUUAAGGGCA